AUGGAGUUUAUUGAAGGAAAAUUGAAUGAAGAGAAGGUAUUUGAGGGUCUAGUAUUUCCAAAGACACUCAAUCCUUCAAUUUGUAAUGGAACAACUGAGUUAUUAGUAAAGAUGAUAGAAGAAAAACGUGAAUGGCUAAGUGAAAUAUUAAAACUUCAUAAUGCAAUCUUGUUCAGAGGAUUCAACGUUUCAUCUCCGGAGGAGUUCCGACAGGUGGUGGAAGCGUUUGAUUGGGAGGAGAUGCCAUACAUGGGGCCAACUAAUCGAGUGAUGGUCACAAAUCGUAUUUACAAUGCUAAUGAAGCUCCUCUCCACCAGUUUAUCAAUUUUCAUCAUGAGAUGUUUUUGACCAAACAAUAUCCUUCAAAGAUACUGUUCCUGUGCACACAGCCAUCUCCUGAAGGUGGAGAGACAUGCAUACUGCCCAGUCACAUUGUAGUAAGCAAAAUGGAAAAAGAGAUUCCAGAAUUUGUUUCCGAAUUAGAGAAAAAAGGGUUUAUGUUCAAAAUAAAGACAGCAAAUGUAAAUUCAAAUGCCAUCCUUGGGACAACAUGGAAGUCUUAUUUGAACACCGAAGAUGAAGUUGAAGCCAAAAAGAGAUCAAUGGAGAAGCUUGGUUGCAAUUCGGUGGAAUUCAAUGAAGAUGGAAGUGCAGAGUUUGUGUAUGGACCAUUAAAUCCAAUUAGGGAGUUUGAAGGAAAGAGGGUUUGGUUUAUACCAAUAGUAAGGCAUUCAGCUAAUAAGAAAGACACAAGGACUAGUUUUGGAGAUGGAACUCCUCUUCCAUCAAAAGGCUUAGAAACCUACAAAAACAUAUUGGAUAAAGUGUGUGUUGACAUCAAGUGGGAAAAGGGAGAUGUAAUGUUGCUUGACAACUUAUCUGUGCAACAUGGAAGGCGUCCUGCCAAGCCACCUCGUUCUGUAUUUGUGUCCUUAUGCAAAUAA